CUCGGGCACCCGCACCCCGCUCGCAGCCGGGGCCGGGCUGGGGCUGCCGGCUUCGCCGCCCUCGUACUUGCCCCAGCCCGGCGCGGCGCGGCCGUGAGCCGCCUGCCGCCGCCUGCCCGCGGGGAGCCACCGCCGCCGCCGCCCGCCCGGGCACCGGGAGCAGCGCCCGGGAGGAGGACACACAGGGGGAGCCAUGGCCGAGGGGGGCGAGGGCGAGGACGAGAUCCAGUUCCUGCGAACUGAUGAUGAAGUGGUUCUGCAGUGCACGGCAACUGUUCAAAAGGAGCAACAGAAACUGUGUCUUGCUGCAGAAGGAUUUGGCAACAGGCUUUGCUUUUUGGAAUCCACAUCAAAUUCUAAGAAUGUUCCACCUGAUUUGUCCAUCUGCACCUUUGUGCUGGAGCAGUCUCUGUCAGUACGGGCCCUCCAGGAAAUGCUGGCUAACACAGAAGAGAAGGCAGAAGGGCUAGUUGAUGUGGAAAAAUGGGUAUGUGAUUCUGUCUUUUAUUCACUCGAUCCCAAAUGUUCCAUGUUGCCACUGAGUCUAACCUGUCUGUUUUGA